AGUGCAAAACAUUAGUGAAUCCACCUUUUGUCAAUUGCAUCUCGACGAUAUCGCUACGCACACUCUCUCUAUUGCUCUCUAUCGCCACGACACCACCUUCCACCGUCGACGUCGUUUUCUCAUAUCUCUGAUUUCUGUUCUCAUAAAAAUUGCGGCCCUCCCCAAUAUUUUGAGCUAGCUCCGCCACUGAUUGCUCUCUGCACAGUUCUCUUCUCUCAACAGUAGGAGUGAGUAAUUUGGGGUUUACAAGAAGAAUGUGCAGCAGCUGAAGCGAAAGCCACAGCAAACCAAACAUGUCAUUGAUUAAACAUGGCACACGCAGCUCCUUUUCAUCAUCUCUACCAAGUUUUCUUCUCUUCCAACAACGCUUCUUCUCUUAUGUUGCUGAUGAGAAAAGGGUUUAUGCUUCCAACUCUAUCAUUCACCCUAGUGCUAUUGUUCACCCCAAUGCUGUUCUUGGUGAGGGAGUUUCCGUCGGACCUUUUUGUUCUAUUAGUUCCUCCGCAAAGCUGGGGAGUGGUUGUCAACUAUAUCCAGGAAGCCAUAUUUUUGGAAACACUGAGUUAGGCGACAAUUGCAUGUUGAUGACUGGUGCUGUUGUUGGUGAUGAUUAUCCUGGAUAUACUGUCAUCGGAAGCAAUAACACAAUAGGAUAUCAUGCUGUGAUUGGUGUCAAAUGUCAAGACUUGAAAUACAAGCCAGAAGAUGAGUGUUUCCUGGAAGUUGGACAUAAUAAUGAUAUUAGGGAACAUACUUCAAUCCACCGAUCUUCAAAAUCAACUGAUAGAACGGUAAUUGGUGAUGGAAAUUUAAUCAUGGGAGCUUGUCAUAUUGCCCAUGAUUGCAAGAUUGGUAACAACAAUAUUUUUGCUAAUAACACUCUUCUAGCUGGGCAUGUUGAGGUGGAAGACUACGUUCACACUGCUGGUGCGACUGUUAUUCACCAGUUCUGUCACCUUGGCUCGUUCUCUUUUCUUGGCGGUGGUUCCGUGGUUUCACAAGAUGUUCCAAAGUACAUGAUGGUAGCCGGAGAUAGAGCCGAGCUUCGUGGCCUAAAUUUAGUGGGACUUACUCGUCGUGGAUUCAGCAUUGAAGAGAUCAGGAGCCUUAAAACAGCUUAUCGAAAGAUAUUCAUACGUGCUGAUACAACUGCAGGGUCUUUUGAUGAAAGGCUUGCAAAAGUGGAGCAGCAUGAAGGAAUUAUUCAAGUUCCUGCUGUGCAUGCUAUGUUACAGUCUAUUCGUGAUUCUUUUGCAGAAGAUCGUCGUGGAAUAUGCAAGUAUAAAUAUUGGAAUGACUCUUAAAUCAUGCUGCUGAUACAUAUUUUAUUUUGCAGAUAUGUCAUGCAUUGGGAGUGAAUUAAUUUUUGUAUAUGUAUUAUUCAAUGGUACUGCUGAUUUGUACACUGAUA